AUGUGGAAUAAUAAUAUAAAUAACAAUGGUCAUAAUAGUAAUAACAACAAUAUAAAUAAUUUAAAUAAUAAUAGUAAUAAUAAAAAUGGCAAUAGCACACAAUCCGCCGUAAAUACGCCAUUAAAUUUAAAAACAUACACCACCUCAUCAAUUAAUGUUAGUGGUAGUAGUAUUGUAAAAAAAACCCCAAUUUUAUACCCUGUAAAUAAUAAUAAUCACCAAAACAAUGCAAAGCUACACAACAAUCUUAAAAAACCUAAAACAAGCUUUUUAGAUGAGGAUCUAGAUAUCAAUAUUUUAGACGAAUCUGAUUUUUAUGAUCCAAUUUUUAAUAGCACCACAGUGAUAUCCCCAAUCAAAAAUGCAGAUAAAAAUCUCGAAAAUCAAUCUUAUCCAACCACUACUCCUACCCUCUUAAAUAGUAAUAACCAAAAUAUAAAUAGUAUAAUAUAUCCGACAGCUAAUAAUUUUACAGGCAGUGAUCAAAAAAACAAUAGCCCGGUAACAAAUAAAACUACCACUACUACCACUACCACCACCACAACAUCAACCACAAAUAACUCAAUAACAAUUGAAUUAAAUAAAACAAUAGAUGUUGAAGAUAGUGAUUUUAGUUUUUUAGAUGAUGAAGAUUUACAAGGUUUAGAAUCACUCACACAAAGCAACGAAGCUGAUAAAAUAGUUAAUAGCAAUGAUAAUAACCAAAGUGAUAAUAUAAAUGAAAACAGUAGUAUAGAUAUAAAAAUGGAACUCAGUUUUGAUAAUAAUAUUAAAAAAGACUCUUCAACUGUAAAUAAUAUACCGAAAGGCUUUUCUAAUAAUAUUAAUAAUGAUAAAGAUUACAAUAAUAAUAAUGAUGCUAACGAAAUGGAUCAUAAUAUCUCAGGAACCAAAACAAUUUUAAAAGACAAUCUUACAAAACCAAAUCUAGAAGAAUCUUCAUUUGAAGAAAAUAGAUUUCAACAUUAUUUAAAAAAGCAUGAAAGAAAUAGUAAUAAUAAUAGUACUAAAAAUAGCGAUAAUAAUGAUAUAAAAAACAAUAAUAAUGAUGUCAAUAAUGAAAUUAGUAAUAUAGGUAGUAUCGAUAAUAGAGUAUCACCCAAUAGAACCACUACUACCACAACUGCAUCCACCUCUAUAAACAAUAAUAUCCCAACAUUACCUAAUAAAAAAACAAUAUCACCAAAUCUACAUCCAUCACCACCAUUUCAAACACAUCAACAACCACCACAAACUCUACCACUGCAACAAUUUCAGCAAUUUCAACAGUAUUUACAAUUUCAAAAACAGUUUCAACAAUUUUUACAAAAUGAAAGUGAAUUUCAACAAUUUUUACAAUACCAACAUCCUUUUCAAAAUUUCCUCGCACAACAACAACAAUACAAACUCUUUCAAAAAGACUAUAAAGAAUUUCAAGAGUAUCAGGACCAAAAAAAGCAAGAAUUAAAAUCACCAUUAAAAAGAGCACUGGCAAAAGAUGGCGACGAGGAUAUAACAUGCCCAAUUUGUCUAGACUAUUUUCAUAAAGCGCCAUCGGAACAUCAAGCCGCUUCACUAAAAUGUGGUCAUAUUUUUGGAAAAGAAUGCAUCGAAAAAUCAUUAAAGAAUCAGCGUAGUUGCCCAAUAUGUAGAGUUAGUAUAAAAGAUAAAAUACCUAUUAUAGCUUUAUUUUUUCCUGAUGGUGCCGCCACUAUAGAUCCAAAUGAAGACGCUUUAAGAUGCCGAGAAUUAAUCAAAAAGAAUGAAUAUGAAAUUAAAAAUUUAAAGUUAAAAGUUGAAAGAUAUAAAGCAAAGUGUGAAAAAAAUAAUUUAUCUAAUAUCGACAAUAGUAUAUUUAACACAAGAAAUAAUAAUAGUAAUAUUCAAUUUAAAAACAACAAUGUAAAUAUACUUCAUCCAAAUUAUACAAACCCUUUCACAAAUAACAAAGUAAUAAAUAGUACUGAUAAUAAUAUAAAGGCAAACAAUAUCAAUAAUAAUAAUAAAAACAAUAAUAACAUUAUUUGUAAUCAUAAUAACAUUUUUAAUUCUAUUAAUAGUAACCAUAAUAAUAAUAAUAAUAAUAAUAAUAAUAAUAAUAAUAAUAAUAAUAAUAAUAAUAAUAAUAAUAAUAAUAAUAAUAAUAAUAAUAAUAAUAAUAAUAACAACAAUAAUAAUAAUUGGGUUAGAGGUGAAACAUUAAUCGAAAAUUUUGAAAAUACUUUUUCACAAAAAUCUAACCAACAUAGAAAACAAAACAAAACAACCACCACUACCACCACUACUUCUUUUUCAAAUCAGCAACAACCAAUUAAAUAUGAUAAUUUAGUUAAAUUUGAAGGACAUACAUUAUAUAAAAAUUUAAAAGGAUCAAGAGUAUUUGAUUUUUCAAAUCAAAAUGGUAUCAUUGUAGCAUCGUCAUCAAGAAAUGGUAAAGACUAUGGAAUUACAAAAUUAUCAUCAAAAGACUCUAGCAGUACAGAUAUGAUACCAAAUAUUCAUAAAUCAUUUAUAAGAGAUAUUAAAAUCAGUCCAAUUGACCCAAAAAUAGUUUGUACAGUAUCCAACGAUAAAACCAUAAGAUUAACAAAUAUAAAUACAAAGAGUGAAGUAUGUUCAUACCGUUUGCAUAGUGCAGGCUGGUGUUGCGAGUUUGAUAGCGACAAUGACUUUGUAUUUUAUGCAAGCGAAUCAGAAGCAACCCAUAUUUUUGAUUUAAGAAAUAUAAGAACACCGAUUCAAACUAUUGAAAUGUUAGGAGAAAAAUCACCAGUUUUAAAAUUACUUUAUGUCUCUAAAAAUGAAAGCUUAACACCACUAUCGGGUGAUACUCAAUUUAAAGAAGGUGGUCUAUUUAUGUCGCAUGGUAGUCUUAGUUUUUGGGAUAAAGUUUCUAUUUUAAACGAUUCAAGUUUGUAUAGUUUUAACAGCUAUGAUGUUUUUAAAGCAAAUAGAGGCAAUUUUGAUCUUUUCACGCGUGAAACACCACUAAAUAAACCAUUCUUGCAAUAUAAUAAUGUUCCACUCACAGGACAAUGCUUCAAUAUCAACUAUGACCCAAAAUCAAACUAUUAUAUGGCAUCAUUUUUAAAUACCCAUUCAUAUCAAAAGAAUUGUCAUGUUGUUUUUAAGCAUAUGGGCAAGGGAGCAGUCCAAGAAGUUAGAACUAUAUACAGCGAUACUCAACAUCUAUCAUUCUCUAAACCAUCACUAUUCACAUCAAAUAUAAACAAUAUGGUAUUCAUGGCAACACCAAACCAAAACUAUGAAAAUAUUAAUAUUUGGAAUAUUAAUAACGGCACAUUAUCUCAAACUAUAAUCAAUGAAAAUCCAAUUUCAGAUUUAUUACACAUAAACUAUCAAAAUGAAGAAUAUUUAUUAUCACUUUCAGAUACCGAAUUAAAAAUUUUUAAAAAUAAUUUUGGUCAAUAA